AUGUUUAAAAAAACUUACGGAAUUAUAUACGAACAAAAUUCGUUUGUUUUUACGGAUCUUUUUGAAGAACUGGAACGAUAUUACUUGAAGGGACAGAUAGAUUUAGAAGAAGCAAUGGAAAAUUUUUUUACCCCUUUAUAUCAAAAAAUGUUUACGGUUCUGAAUUCUCAAUAUCAAUUCGACGAUAAAUAUCUAAUAUGCAUUGGGGAUCACAUGAAAGAUUUAAAACCGUUCGGAGACGUUCCCCAAAAAUUAUCCGUUCAAAUAAAACGUUCAUUUGUUGCGACGAGAACUUUUGCUCAGGCUCUAAACUUAGCUAAAGAUAUUGUAAAUAAUAUGAAAAAUUUGGGAGCCGCUGGGGAUUGUCACGAUGCCUUUUUUCGAAUGUCACAAUGCCAAGCUUGCAAAGGUGUUCCGGAUUUAAAGCCCUGCACUCACUUAUGUCUUAACGUGAUGAAAGGUUGCCUUGCUUACCAAAUGGGUCUCGAAGAUGAAUGGAAUCAUUUUGUUGAUGCACUGGACAAAGUGUCGGACAGACUAUUGGGUCCUUUCAACAUAGAAGUUGUCGUUGAACCAAUAAAUAUUAAAAUUUCCGAAGCCAUAAUGAACUUUCAAGAGAAUUCAUUAGAAGUUUCUGAAAGGGUUUUCAAUGGAUGCGGGCGAUUGAGUCUUAGAGGUCGAAGUCGAAGAGAUAUGAAAGAAAUCCAAUUGGAAACCUACGAAUUCGCUAAAGAAAGUCAUAAAAUUACAAAAUCUCCUCGGCAUCCCACUUUAGAAAAAUUAAUACGAGAUAUAAGGCAAAAAGUUAAAGAUUCAAAAUCAUUUUGGUCUUAUUUGCCAUAUCAUUUAUGUAACAACGAAAAAUUUGCUGUUGUUAUGAAUGACGACCCAUGUUGGAAUGGUUCAGCAGUAGGAAGGUACACUAGAGAGGCUGUGGACAACGGUUUAAGUAAUCAGCAAAAUAAUCCAGAAGUGACUGUAGAUACUACAAAGCCGAAGAGCAUUUUAAACGAACAAAUUUAUAGUUUGAAAAUACUUACUAGUAAAUUGAAAAAUGCGUAUAACGGAAUGGACGUCGAUUGGAUAGACACGGAGGACUCUUCAUCGGCGGACAUCGGUUCGGGAGAAGGUUCCGGGGAAAAAGAUGUAGUAGAUGUUGAGGGAUCCGGAGAAAGCACGAACGAUUUAAAUAAUGACUACGAUAAAAAAGAAACGAAAAAAAUAUUUCCUUUUAUUCCAUUGCGUCCUGUUUCUUCGAACGAAGGAACCAAUUCCGUGUCUAAAAAUGAAAAGGGCGUAUUGCCCAAAUACAACAAUGGUAACGGACAUUUUUCAAGCGGGCGGUCGCAAGUUAUUUGUUGCCUAUUUGCAUUAUUUGGAUAG